UCAGCCCCUCGCGAAGCGCCGGGCCGCUCGGGAACAUGGCCCUGGAGCAGCUCUGCUCGGUCCUCAAAGUGUUGUUAAUAACAAUACUUGUAGUGGAAGGAAUUGCAGUGGCCCAAAAGACCCAAGAUGGACAAAAUAUUGGAAUCAAGCACAUUCCUGCAACCCAGUGUGGCAUUUGGGUUCGAACCAGCAAUGGAGGUCAUUUUGCUUCACCAAAUUACCCUGACUCAUAUCCACCAAACAAGGAGUGUAUCUACAUUUUGGAAGCUGCUCCACGUCAAAGGAUAGAGUUGACCUUUGAUGAACGUUAUUACAUAGAACCAUCAUUUGAAUGUCGGUUUGAUCACUUGGAAGUUCGAGAUGGGCCGUUUGGUUUCUCUCCUCUUAUAGAUCGUUACUGUGGCAUGAAAAGCCCUCCAUUAAUUAGGUCAACAGGAAGAUUCAUGUGGAUUAAGUUUAGUUCUGAUGAAGAACUUGAAGGACUGGGAUUUCGAGCAAAAUAUUCAUUUAUUCCAGAUCCAGACUUUACUUACCUAGGAGAUUGUCAGUUUGAGCUCUCAGGAGCUGAUGGAAUAGUGCGUUCUAGUCAGGUAGAACAAGAGGAAAAAACGAAACCUGGCCAAGCAGUUGAUUGCAUAUGGACAAUUAAAGCUACUCCGAAAGCUAAGAUUUAUUUGAGGUUCCUCGAUUACCAAAUGGAGCACUCAAACGAAUGCAAGAGAAACUUCGUUGCAGUCUAUGAUGGAAGCAGUUCUAUUGAAAAUCUGAAGGCCAAGUUUUGCAGCACUGUGGCCAAUGAUGUGAUGCUUAAAACAGGAGUCGGAGUGAUACGAAUGUGGGCAGAUGAAGGUAGUCGACUUAGCAGGUUUAGAAUGCUCUUUACUUCCUUUGUGGAGCCUCCCUGCACAGGCAGCACUUUCUUUUGUCAUAGCAACAUGUGCAUCAAUAAUUCUUUAGUCUGUAAUGGCGUUCAAAACUGUGCAUACCCUUGGGAUGAAAAUCAUUGUAAAGAAAAGAAAAAAGCAGGACUAUUUGAACAAAUCACUAAAACUCAUGGAACAAUUAUUGGCAUUACAUCAGGGAUUGUCUUGGUCCUUCUCAUUAUUUCUAUUCUAGUACAAGUGAAACAGCCUCGGAAAAAGGUCAUGGCUUGCAAAACGGCUUUUAAUAAAACUGGCUUCCAAGAAGUGUUUGAUCCUCCUCAUUACGAGCUGUUUUCACUAAGAGACAAAGAGAUGUCCGCAGACCUGGCAGACUUGUCGGAAGAACUGGACAGCUACCAGAAGAUGCGGCGCUCGUCCACUGCCUCCCGGUGCAUUCACGACCAUCACUGUGGGUCGCAGGCAGCCAGUGUCAAACAAAGCAGGACCAACCUCAGCUCCAUGGAACUUCCUUUCCGAAAUGACUUUGCACAACCACAGCCAAUGAAGACAUUUAACAGCACCUUCAAAAAAAGUAGCUACACUUUCAAACAGGGACACGAGUGCCCUGAACAGGCACUAGAAGACAGAGUAAUGGAGGAGAUUCCUUGUGAAAUUUAUGUCAGGGGGCGAGAAGAUUCUGCACAAGCAUCCAUAUCCAUCGACUUUUAAUCUUCUACUAAAGGUGACGCGAAUUAUUAAGUAUGUGUUGUGCAGCCUACAGAGCACCCACACUAUUUUCAGCAGCCAGCCCUUUCUCCUAUCAAAACAAGGAAGACCUUUAUUUACUGUUAAGUGAUAUUUUUAUUAUCUCAGGCAGUCUAUAUAUGUUAAACCAACCAAGAAACUUAGUAGAUUCAGUGAAAAAAAUAAUCAUCAUUUAUUGCUCAGUGUCAUAUAAACAAAGCACUACCAGUUCGAUAACAUUUGAAGAGGGGAGAGGUUGUAUUGAGCCAGACUCGGGCUGCCUGUUAGUUUUAGCAAAAGGAAUACUGCUCUUGACUGAUACAGCUCUGUCAAUAUUUUGGUCUCCCAAUAAAUUUAAAAAUAAGAUUUUUCAUUAUAUUCUUAUUUUUCUUUUCUCUAAAUUUAAUUUGUUUUAUAAACCUGUAGUUUUACCAUUUUAUCUUAAGUAAAUAUAAGUGGUUAAUGUAGCACAUAUGUCCAUACAGGCAUGUGUUCGUGAAUGUGUCAAAGUAUAGCUAGUUACUGUGCCAGUUAAGACCCAGAGUUAUGUUUCAUCCAUCUGUUCUUCUUGACUAAUUUCUAUAUUUCUGCCUUUUAACUACUAGAUCUUUAGUCCUUAUUUUCUGUGAGAAAUAGUAGACGAUAUGAUUUAUCACCUUUAAGUCAUAUUUUGUCUUAGUUAUGUUAUACCAGAAAAUUUCAUAAUCCUGAGAUGUAUGCACCAUUGCCAGACUAAUUAUUAUGACUAAAAAUUUAAGAAACAUAAAAACUUCUAGCAAGCCUUUAAAAUUUCCCGAAUAUGGUCACAUUCAGUGACAGCCUUUUCAUUAGUAAACGGUCAUUUAAUUCACUUUUGGGGAGACCUGUAAUUAUGUUUAUUUGCAACAUUUCUCAUAACUAGAUCUAUGUUUCCUGUUAUUUUUGUAAAAGAUUACUUAGGUCCCUUUGUAUUGGUUUAUCUUAUGGCAUAUGGUAACCAGGGUUGUAUAAGAGUUAAAGAGAAAUUCCUAAGAAACUGUAUAGGCCUUUAGAUUGCUUCUUACUUGGGACAGUACAUUUUUCUAGUUCUUAUCAAGAAUAACAAUUUCCACUUUUUUUUAAACUGCACUUUUGACCUUAUUUUUUUUUAUGGUAUAUGAAUCAAUAAUUUAUAAACAUGAUAUAAAAACUCAUUGUGUUUUUUUAGACUUUUGAUAUUAUUUGAUACUGUACAAACUUUAUUAAAUCAAGAUUAGACCUACAUGACAGAUUUCUUUCAGUGUUCACAUUAGCGACUUUGUGUACAAAUAUGCUGUGAUAGAACUGUACACUGUAACUUAUUGUAAAGACCUUGGUAAUGUGUACCUAUGCCUUUUCUUUCCUUUUGUUAUAUUUUGUUUGUGAUAAAUUUCUCACUCUGUGAUAUUUAUUGCUCUAAAUCACUACACAAAUCCUAUAUUAAAAUGUACAUUGUUAUCCAUGA